AUUUUCUUUAUACUCGAUUUCUACUCAUCAACUCAAAAAUAAUAGAAACAUUAUGGGCUUCAAAUGGAUGAUGAUGUUGGUGUUGUGUGUGUUAAUAGGAGGAUCAAUGGGAGCUAAGCCCAAUAAGCCAAUUGAUGUCCCAUUUGGAAGAAAUUAUGAGCCUAGUUGGGCUUUUGAUCACAUCAAAUAUUUGAAUGGUGGCUCUGAGAUCCAGCUCUCCCUCGAUAACCGCACUGGUACUGGCUUUCAGUCAAAAGGAUCUUAUCUAUUUGGGCACUUUGCUAUGCACAUAAAGAUGGUUGCUGGUGAUUCUGCAGGCACAGUCACUGCUUUCUAUUUGUCUUCUCAAAAUUCAGAACAUGAUGAAAUAGACUUUGAGUUCUUGGGGAAUAAAACAGGAGAACCAUACAUUUUACAAACAAAUGUAUACACGGGAGGGAAAGGUGACAAAGAGCAAAGGAUUUACUUAUGGUUUGAUCCAACAAAAGAUUAUCACACUUACUCUGUCUUGUGGAAUCUUUACCAAAUUGUGUUCUUUGUGGAUGAGUAUCCCAUAAGAGUGUUCAAGAACAACAAGAACUUAGGUAUCAAAUUCCCAUUUGACCAACCAAUGAAGAUAUACUCAAGUCUAUGGGAGGCAGAUGAUUGGGCAACAAGAGGUGGACUUGAAAAAAUUGAUUGGUCAAAUGCACCCUUUGUUGCCUCAUACAAAGGCUUUCACAUUGAUGGUUGUGAAUCUUCUGUGAAUGCCAAGUUUUGUACCAAUCAAGGCAAAAGUUGGUGGGAUCAAAAGGAAUUUCAAGAUUUGGACACAACUCAAUGGAGACUUUUGAGAAGAGUUAGGGAUAAGUAUACAAUUUAUAACUAUUGUACUGAUAAAAAGAGGUUCUCUACAAUGCCAAAAGAGUGUAAGAGGAAUAGAGAUGUUCCAAGGAAUUCAUGA